GACCCGGGAGGAGGUGGCGGCGCGGGAGGAGGAGGAGGGGCGCAGCAGCGAGCCACUAGCCCCGCUCCAACGCGCUCCUCUCCAGAUACUCCCGGAGCUCCGGCCGCGCGGAUAGCGCGCCCCCGCCGCUCUGCCCCCAAACUUCGGCUGCAGCUUUAUUUCAAGCCAUCGAAUUUAUUCCUUCAAAUCAGAAACUGAACCGCGACGCGGGAGGAGUCCACGGAGGAGUGAAACCACAGCCGAUCGAGAAGAGCUCCUGAGAGCCGCCUUCCCGGAGCACCAACUCCGUGUCGGGAGUGCAGAAACCAACAAGUGAGAAGGCGCCGCGUUCCCGGGGCGCAGCGCGGGCGGCCGGAGCAGGCGCAGGAGGAGAGAGCGAGCGCCUCCGAGCCCCGAGCCUCAGCCCCCCAGCCCGAGCCGCGGUCGCUGCGGCUGCUCGGCUGCCUCUGCGCGGGCUGCGCCUAGAGCUGGACUGAAGGCUUCGUUUCGCCCUGGUUGCAAGCUGCGGCUGGGAGCAGCCGGUCCCAGGGGAAUAUGCAGCGUGCGUGGAUCCUGCUCACCUUGGGCUUGGUGGCCUGCGUGUCUGCGGACUCGAGAGCAGAGCUGACAUCUGAUAAAGACAUGUAUCUUGACAACAGCUCCAUUGAAGAAGCUUCAGGAGUGUAUCCUAUUGAUGAUGACGACUAUGCUUCUGCAUCUGGCUCGGGAGGUGAUGAGGACGUAGAGAGUCCAGAGCUGACGACAUCUCGACCUCUUCCAAAGAUGCCGUUCACGAGCACUGCUCCCAAAGUGGAAACCACGACAACAAAGAUGCAGAAAAAGAUGCCCGCGCAGACAAAGUCACCUGAAGAAAUUGAUAAGGAAGAAGAUCGUAGCUCUGACUCAGAAAGGAAAAUGAACCCUGCUGAAGAGAAUACAAAUGUGUACACUGAGAAGCACUCAGACAAUCUGUUUAAACGGACAGAAGUCCUAGCAGCUGUCAUCGCUGGUGGAGUUAUUGGCUUUCUCUUUGCGAUUUUCCUUAUCCUGCUGUUGGUGUACCGCAUGAGAAAGAAGGACGAAGGGAGCUAUGACCUUGGGGAACGCAAACCAUCCAGUGCUGCUUAUCAGAAGGCACCUACUAAGGAGUUUUACGCAUAAAACUCACACUUAGUGUCUCUAUUUAUGAGAUCACUGAACUUUUCAAAAUAAAGCUUUUGCAUAGAAUAAUGAAGAUCUUUGUUUUUUGUUUUUUUCAUUGAAGAGCCAUUCUGGCACUUUAAUGAUAAAAUCCCAUUGUAUUUAAAACUUUUCAUGUAUUUCUUUAGAACAACGUAAAAUUAAAAUUUAACAUCUGCAGUGUUCUGUGAAUAGCAGUGGCAAAAUAUUAUGUGAUGAAAACCCUGGAUGUUCACGGAAUUGGUUUAAACUUUUAUGUGCAAACGCGAAAUGAUUGUUUUAAACCUAUGGUUCAAAGAUAAAAGCCGUGUCGUUUGUGUCAGCAUGUCUCAGAUGAACCUUACCAAGUUGGUCUUACUUUUGUUAAUUUAUCUGUCGUCCCCUCUUCUCUGCCCUCCCCUCUUGUCCCCUUACAAACCAAACCCUAACCCUUUUGUAGCUGUCAUGGUGCAAUUUGUCUUCGAAUGAUUCAGAUAAUGGUAAUUUAGUGUACAUGUGAUUUUCAAAAUAAUGUAAACUUUAACCUCCACUUUGUGUAAAUCUUUAAAUGUCAGACUAUCCAUUUUACACUUGCUUUAUUUUUCAUUACCUGUAGCUUCAGGCAGAUUUGCAACAGCAAAUUAAUGUGUAAAAUUGGAUUAUUACUACAAAACUGUUUAGUCCUAUCUGUCUAAUCAGAUCUUCUUUUGGGAGGAUUUGAUGUGAGUUACUGACAAGCUCAGCAAAUCCAAAGAUGCUUACAGUAUUUUGAAAAGUUGCUGCAAAUUCCUUUGGCCACUGUAUUUGUUAAUUUCUUGCAAUUUGAAGGUACGAGGAGGGAUUUAAAGGAAAAAAAAAAGUUUUUGUUCUUAAAAAUGCAUUUAAGUUGUAAACAUCUUUUUAAGCCUUUGAAGUGCCUAUGAUUCUAUGUAACUCGUUGCAGACUGGUGUUAAUGAAUAUAUAUAACAGUUUAAAAAAGUUGGUAUUUUAUAAGCACAGACAAUUCUAAUGGUAACUUUUGUAGUCUUAUGAAUAGACAUAAAUUGUAAUUUGGGAACAUAAAACUACUGAAUAAAUCAUGUGGCCUAA